AUGGCGACGUCUAAUUUGCUAAAGGUAGGAUCCCCUCCAAUUCAAUUAUUGCUUUUUCACGCUGUCUCCGGCUCUUGUCACCUGCGUUGUGUGUUGUCGGCGUUUAGCUCUCACCUUUACGAACAGCACGCAGCGCCUGUGUGUGAGUGUGCUGUCAGUUUUGACCUGAGCUGUGGGCAGUUAAGUUACAUCUGGCUAACAUUAGCUACUUAUCUGUGAUUUAGCUGGAUGCAUAGAGGAGCUACAACACAGCUAGAUAUAUAAAGAGACAGAUACAGGGGAGCCGGGGAAACAUGGAGAUACAGAACGGGUGGGGCACAUAUCGUCGGCUAAUCCUGCGCUGAAAUAUUGUUAAAAUGAGUGUGAACGCUAGCCUUAAAUCUGAGAUCAGCUGUCAGCUCAGUGGAGCAGGACUCUGCAGCUCAAACACAAGGAAAAGGCUGACUAAAUCACCUGUCUGUGUGCUUUCCGUGCAGAGUUACUCCCUCAAACUGCUAACCUGCUACAGCCCUGUAUCAAUAUUUAAUUAUAUUCUCUGUAUCGUAAAGCAGAGGGUGUAGAUAAGAGACAAAGACCAGAUUCAUACACUAUCUUUCACUCUGCAAAACUGCAUGUACAGUAUGUGCACAUGCGAUGUCCAAACAUACAUGUAAUGUAAUCUACACUGCGUGCAUGAAUAACCACCACAGCUGUUAGACUGUUUAGUGUCGCUCUGUACCAACAUAAGGGCAACUGCAAUUAAAAAUCCAGUUUGGCAUGUUCUUCUUCAGACAUUUGCACGUCGACAGCGCUCACCUUUAUCCUCCUCACAGCUGUGCACAAAAUAAAUCGUCCUCUGGUGAAAUGUUGUCUGUGGGAGCAUUGUCACGUCUAAGAAAACAACACCUCAUAAAAAAGAACCAGAUUUAUUAGGCAGGUAUCUGAACAGAAACAAGAAAUGUGACUAUUUUUACUCCCUCUUAGUGAUUCAUGGAAACAUUUUCAGGAAGACAGAGAUUGUCCUAGAGCGCAAACGAACACUGGUCUUAUAGUAGUGAGGAGAAUAUCUUACUUGUUUGUUCAGUUUCUUUGGUAAAAGCUACAUGAUCAGGUGGUGUAAGUAGUAUUUUGCAUUAAAACAAAUUGAUCAUUUGAGAAAAUGCAUGGGUAUUGGAAUGUACUCCUCUACUACAAUACACUAACAUAUAUCUUAACAGUUUCUACAUGAUUUGUCUUAUGUUAUCAAAAAAAUGCAAGCGGUUUUCAGCAAUUCCCCUGCUCUAUAUUGCAAAAAUGCAUCAAAUUUUAUUGUAAAUCCUAACAAAAAAAAAAUCCUAACAAAACGUAUUUUCAACUGAUAAAUUAAAACACUAUAGGUGGAAAUAAGUAUUAAAUAUUUCACCUUUUGUUGUGGUUACAUCACUUGACAUUUUCAAGGGAAAUCCAUCAUUCAUGUUGAAAAAAAAAGGUUUAGAUGCUAUUUGAAAUUAUAUAAAACCAACAGAGAUACAAAAUAUACAUCUUUGCAAACCUAAUGCAAAUUUUUAAAACAAUUUAUUAAAACAUUUUUGAAUUACUCAUGACGCAAACCCUUAUCUGUCACUGACCCUAAAACAGUCAUGGUUAGAGCUGCUGAUACCAGGGGUGAUCCUCAAGUCUUUAUUUAAAUGGUCAUUUGGCUUUUAUUAUGGUUGAUUAUUUGAGGGAAUUGUGAUUAUCAAAUGUCAUUUAGGCUGAAGGCAGCACUUAAAUGAAGCUGAUUCUUAAUUUUUAUCUUAAAAGAAAAUAUAAUAGAAAUAGAGAUAUUUCUGCUUAUGUUGUGAAAGAAGUAUCCCAGGAUGUAAUAGAAAGAUGUGAAUUUUGAAAGACGUAAAGGUGCAGUGACAUAGAUCUUUCACAAGUGUGUUCACAUCGAAGUACAAUCACCAUGUAGAUAGUUUUGUUUUUGUUUACUUUGAAUGACAAAGGGGUGCUUUUCCUUGGAGGCUACCAUCCUGCACCACUUUGUUUCUGAAUUAGCACAGAAGGGAAAAACUGGUAACAUACUUGUCUUUGUGAAAAGCACCGGUCAGAUGGUAAAGGAGCGAGUAGCUGUGCAUGAAGGAAAAAAAGAGUUUGCAUUAAAGAUUUCUUUUUGAUGGCCACCAUUUCUUCAUCAGCGGUAGGGAUGAGUAAAGGAGCACUUCAGUCAGGAGUUUGUUUGGUAGCUGAAUAUUGCUGUUUCUACACACUGCACCUUUAACUAGCUACAUUUAAAGUGUUAUACUGGAAUCCUCUUUUUUGCAUUCUGUACACACAAAGGUGCGCUCAUAUAAUUUAGAUUAUUGUGUUAACUACCUCUUUUUGUGCACUUUCACUGCUGCUUGUGAAGGGUUAAAUCUUAUGUUGUCUUUGUGAUCUUAAUUGUGUCUUCUGUGAGAGAGAAAGCUCUGGCAUCAGACAUUAAUCAAACUGUGUGGGGGGCUGGUCUAGCUCAGUGGGUAAAUCACUAAUUGCUCCAUGUAUAGAGGUUGUAGUCUUUGGAGUGGACGGGUCAGCUUAGGUUAAAUUCCAACUUGUGGCCCUUGGCUACAUGUCAUCCUUUGUCUCUUUCCAUUUGCUUUCUUAUCUUCUAAAAAGGCGGAAGAGUUUCAGAAAUGUUCAAAGAAUAGACAAACCGUAACUUCCAGACAGUUAAACAGCAGGACCCAGUAAGAGUAUCUUAGAUUUAUUUUAGAGAUGACUUUUUUUUCUUUGUGUGGCUGCAGUUGGUCUAGAUUCGUUCAUAAAACACUUCAUGCUGUGAGGUCCCUGACUGCGGUCGGACAUGGAUUCACCUGCUGGUCAUGAAAAUGGAUUCUGUACAACAAUCUACCAUCAUCCUUUGAAUUAAGGCUCACAGUUUGCCUUUUCAAGGUCCAGCACAAACCCAAAACAACCCCAGAAACCCGACAUAUAGGUGGUGGUGUAAUCCAGCUACAGUCUCUACACUUUACUGUAUACGGAAUCUGUCAAUAACAGGAUAACUGUACCAUAAGUAUUUGUGCUCAGAAGUCCCUGACCACAAAGGAUUACCAUCCCCCCACAGUCUGGUGUUGUCUUAUCUUAAUGAACUCUGCAUAUUAAUUCACCCCACUUGGAUUUAGAUUCACAGGUUGCUCUGUCUUUGUUGAGUCACACCUGGCAGGCUGGCCCAGACUCUUAUUACCCCCUGUAGGGGCACCCUGCACAGCCUAACACUCGCCAGUCUCCACACGUAACCGCUCGCAAUUCAUUAAAAGGAUUCAUUAAAAUUCAUUAAUUUUUUUCAUUAGAGCUCAUUAAAAGUUGAUCAGUUGUUCGAUCUAUAAGCUGUCUGAUAACACUCAUCAAUACCAAAAGUAAUCAGUGUAUUAAUUAAGCCCCGACUGAAGUGAAGAAGAUUUAUGGGCACAGUUAUUAGCUAGGAGCUGGGGUAGCUUCUUGACCAGUCCGGGAUUUUAGUUUUUUAUUAUUUAAUUGUUUUUUAAGUGACACAUACUAAAGGAAGGUUUGCCACUCUGUCUUAAAAAAAAGCAAAGUUUGAUAAGUGUAUUGCUUCAGUCCAUUUUAAUUUUUCAAGCAGUAUCUUUCCGCCAACAGUGAUGGACCGGUUAGUUCAUGAUCUUCACUCCUCUCUGUUUCCAGAACAAAGGCUCCCUUCAGUUUGAGGAUAAAUGGGACCUGAUGCGUCCCAUCGUGCUGAAGCUGCUGCGGCAGGAGUCGGUCACCAAACAACAGUGGUUUGACCUUUUCUCGUGAGUUUACCAUUUGCUUUCACCUAGGGAUGCACCGAUCCGAUAUUUGGAUCGGAUAUCGGCUCUGAUAUUGACCAACGUUCCGAUCCAGUCUUUUUUUUUUCUUUUAAUUAAUAUCAUACACAGCAACACAGCGAUUGUGUUCACUCCAUAUUCUAUGUCUGUCCAUCCUUUUGCACUAAAUGUUUACAUGGAAGUCUUACUUCGUUUUGAUGUGUGCUGAUGUGCAAUUUUUUCAUUUGUUGAUGAAUAAUAUUAAGCAAAUUUAUUUCAGUUUUAUUUUGUCACCUUUUUUUUAACAAGCCUAUGUCAAGCCUGAUGCCUUCACUCACAGGGCAAAGUAUACAGUUCAUUCAUUCAACAGUAGUAUUGGAUCGGUAUCGGAUAUCGGCCGAUACGCUCAGCCCGGGUAUCAGUAUCAAAUUGGAUCGGAAAAAAAUGGAUCGGUGCAUCUCUGCUUUCACCCUGGACAUCGAUGCUUAAUGCGAACAGGAGUAGAUCAUCUCAUUAACAAUGUUCUCCUCUUGUUUCCACAGAGACGUCCAUGCUGUUUGUCUGUGGGAUGACAAAGGUCCAGCUAAGAUCCACCAAGCCCUCAAAGAGGAUAUCCUCGAUUUUAUCAAACAAGCACAAGCAGUAAGAUCAAGAGCAUGAUGGGAUUUAUGUACCGACAUCCCACAAUUAUGCAUCCACAUCACUGGAGUUUUAGCUAUUCUUGCGAUUUAACCUGAAAUAUUUUCUUCCUUCAAAUGAUGACACUACAAGAAGUCUCGUAAUGUUUCUAUAAAGGAAAAGAAAGUGUGAAUUUCUGAUUUCUAGCACCAAUAACUGCGCUCCUGUUUCCUGUUGAGUCUUACUUCUUAAACCUUGUUUCAAAUGAUGGUGAUGCUGGUUCAUCAUCUGUGUCUAAUCCUCUAAUUGUCUCCUUCAUGAUCUAUCACCCUUGCCAAAUAUCUGCCCGUGUGUCACUGAGAUUCUGCGGCUGUCAGUCAAACCCUUGUUGUGUUUCCUCUCAAAGCGGGUGUUGAGUCACCAAGAUGACACGGCGCUGCUCAAGGCCUACAUCGUGGAGUGGAGGAAGUUCUUCACACAGUGUGACAUCUUACCCAAACCUUUCUGUCAGCUGGAGAUCACUCUGAUGGGCAAACAGGGGAGCAACAAGAAGUCCAACGUGGAGGACAGCAUCGUCCGCAAGGUGAGGAGGAGAAAAGGAGGAAAAACUACGAGUGCAUCCAAAUAAAUGUGUAUUAUAGAAAUAUGUUCUCAUAUUGUUAAUAAUGUAAUGAUUGUGUCUCUGCUCUCACAGCUGAUGUUGGACACAUGGAACGAGUCCAUCUUCUCUAACAUUAAAAACAGGCUACAAGACAGUGCCAUGAAACUCGUCCACGCUGAGAGGCUGGGAGAGGCCUUUGACUCCCAGCUGGUCAUCGGAGUGCGAGAGUCAUAUGGUGAGAUGCCUUUAUUUUUCCUGUAUCCUCCCUUUAUGGGACUAAUAGUUUGAAUUUAUUCUUUGAACGCAGAUGAAUAAAACAAUCUUAACAAUAGGAACUCCUAAUAAUAUAGUUAUUAUUUUAAAACCCCUAUUUUUAAUCUGUAUAUUUGACUUAGUACGAGGAUUAGUAAUGAUAGUGUAAACCAUAGACUGUAUAUACAAUGGACAGAGUCUACCCCCUCGCUGUUGAUGGGCUGCAGUAUAGUUCAUAAAUCCCGCCUCCACCAGCAAAGUUUAUGGAGCUGUGGACAAACUUUAGAAAUUUGUUACACAGAAUAUACGUUUCUCCCCCUGCUUGUCAUGUUGACAUGUAGUUACUGUCAGACUGGUUUGUGCUCAAGUCCUCUUUUUUCUGUGAAGCUCCGUUUUUAAAAGUUAUUAGGGGGUUCAUGUUUUCUAUGAUUGACACCUGAUACAGCCUAUGGGCGUUCAGGGAUUGUGUAGCUCAGCCGGGGGGAUACGCUGUUUGAGCCGAGCAUCAUCACAGCGACUCUCAGCGACUGCGCGGCAGAAUGCGCGCAUCGCUACUGCGCAGUGCUGGUUUCAGGAAAUGAAGAAAAAUCCCGGAAAUAUCGAGAGCUUUUUGGCUUCCGCCUACCGUAUACAGGCGGUAGGCGGAACCAAGUUGUCCAUAGUAUAUACAGUCUAUGGUGUAAACCUUAAACAGCUAAUCAUACUGUUGAUAUCAUUUUGCUGUUGCGCCUCCCUUUGCUCUUUUAUUUUGACUCCACAAAGCCGUAGCUGUGUUUUUGCCAAGCAGUUCAGUUCUCUCUACUCUUGUCCAGUUUUUAAUUCACUUAAACUUUCAUUUUGAUGUUUCAUUGGCCGACAUUGUGACCCAGAAUUUGGUAAUGGGGCUGGAAACACCGUAGUCUUACCUUAAGUCAGCAGAAUCAUAUGACCUUGUUCAUCAUUUAUAAUGGAGAUUUUUUUUUUAAUCUCUCAGAGUGUGUUUCCUGGAACCUACUUUGAGAAUUCAUUCAGCAGAUUUUUAUUGUUGAUCAUGCUGAGUCUGAUUUUACGUUCUGCUGUGAACAUGUGGUGAUCAUCUUUCUCACAUUAAUAUUUACGUUCUCCUGAGCAGUGAAUCUUUGCUCCAACCCUGACGACAAGUUGCAGAUCUACAGAGACAACUUUGAGAAAGCUUACAUGGAUUCUACUGAGAGGUUUUACAGAACACAGGCGCCUGCCUACCUGCAGCAAAAUGGCGUCCAAAACUACAUGAAAUAUGUGAGUACUGAACUUCAUAGCUCUAACUGCAACGAUUGUGACCCAAAUGAUACAACGACUUUUGGUAAAACAUUUAGAUAUUAUUUUUUAACAAUUAUCUUAUUACAAAUAAGUGAUCAGUCAAUAAAAGAAAACUGAUUAAUUUACAGAACACAAAUGAUCAUCUCGUGAUCCUGUUUUCUGGACUUUCGGACUGCAGGCAGGCCGUUUACAUACACAGAUCCUUCCAGAGUCAUGCUGAAUGUACACAAAGUCAUACAAUACAGCUUGAUGUUGCUGUAAACCUGUCUGUAUUGGUUAGUAUUAAUAGUGCCCUCCUGGGUGUCACAGAGACUGGACCCUGAGCUGUGCUAACAACAUGCCUGGUGAUCUGUACUCGUAUUAGCGGGCUGUGAAGAUAAGGAUUCGGCUCGGGAUGUGGUGUCCUUGACUUCCAAAAACAGUGUCAGGUUUUGAUCUGUCGGACUGGAGAAGAGCUUUUCACUUUGUCCCAUCCAAUUUUAAAAAGGCUCAGGCUCAGAGAGAUCUGGAUCCUGUUCCUAAAUGGUUUCCUCUUUUGCGUUUGUUGAUGCCUAAUAUGUUCACAGAGAAUGAACAUGCAGUGAUUUCCACCACAGUGUCUUGUCUGUUUUGGAUGCUAUGCCAGCUGAGGGCCCAAAUCUCUACCAUCCAGUAUCAGUUUUUAGCUUUGUCCUUUCAGAAAAGAGGUUUCUCCAGAUUCUUUGAUAACACUGACUACUCAACAUGAUGAAAACCACAAAUUCUUUGUAGUCGAGGCUCGGUGACAUGUUCCUGGAACUGCUUUAACAGUGUAGCGAACCCCAUCUUUACUUCAGAGAGAUUCAGACUUUCAGUUCUUAGUCUUUGUGGAGGGUCCUCGGUCCAGUCGUGUUAAUAAUCAUCAUAAUUAGUUUGGAGAUUGUCCUCCAGGUGUUUAGUGUUAACAUUUCAUGACUUUUCUGUGUAUUUUUUGUUCCUAUCCCAGAAAUUUAAUUUAAAAUGAACUCAUAUUUUUCAAAUGAUUCAUUUCUUGUCUUUUCUCCAAAUGAUUUGCAAACCAUCAAAUUUAUCUUUAUUAACAUUUUACACAGCGCCAUUAAAAUUUUAGGGUUUGCUGUCCCUGAGGGUGUCACCGAUUUGUGCAUGCUCUGUCGGGAAACAGAAAUAACCCAUAUACCAAAUAUGCUGCGUGAAGUCAAACAGCAAUUAAGAAAGCUGUGGGACACAACAGUGGACAUGUUUUUGACAUCGUAACCCUUUUGUUGCACAGCUAAUGUCUCUUUGUGUAAUUGGCUGAUAGUUAUGUACCAAAAAGUGAAAUCCGGACAUCUGUUUUCACUUUGCUCCCAGCCACUCUGAGCUCUUCUUUUAGUUACUCUCAGCUCACUUUCUGUUUAGAGAAAACAAUCUGAAGUUCUUUGUUACAGAGAAAAUAACUCCUGUCAUUCAUUUACAUUAUUUAGCAAGAAGUAGAAUUCAGACUCAUCCGUUGAGCAUCUUAUAACUUGUCUUUAUUCUGUGGGCAAUGAGCCAGUUUUUGAAUAAAAAGAAGAAGAAAAACAGAGAAGGACAAGAUGUCCCUGCUGAUCUCACGCUUGUUCUUUUCAAGCCAUUGAAACUGGAACUCCAUGUUUUUUAAAGCACGGAAACUUUCAUCCUCGGUCACAGAUUGGUCAGGCUUUAAUUCUUAAUGUGAGUCAGUGUAGAUUAAGCCCACGACUUCAAAAGGCCUCGACUUUUAUGGAGGACUUUUCUGCCUGGAAAACUUUUAAGUAACACUCAAAAAUAAAAAUAGACUAUUUUCAGAUUAACUUGGGAAAUCUUCUUCUGUGAGGAGCGAUACUGGACUGUUCGUUGACAUCAGUUUUGUGACUGAUUUUGGGUCGAAGAACCAAGCGCUCUGACAUCCCGUUAGAUUCUUUUGUUUCAGUUUAGAAAAUAUCAAAGUUGUGAAAGGAUGACAGAUACGUAGAGUAAAGGUUCAAGUCUAAGUGUGUUAAUGAUGUUAACAGUCAGUAAUAUGCCGCUUUGCUACUGUGUCAGUUGUUGCAUUAACAGUGAAUGAAAGUCUUUCUUUUUUCGUGGUAGUUUCCCUGCAGACAGGUAUUCGCAGUAUCUUUUGAUUUCCCUGCCAGCACAGUUUUAUGAUUCACUUUUUCAGGUGAUUUAAAUCUUUAUGAAGGUAACAAACGGUUGUUUAUCCUUUCAUCUGUUCGACCAGGCUGAUUCAAAGCUGAGGGAAGAGGAGAAACGUGCACUGCGAUACCUGGAGACAAGACGUGACUGCAACUCUGUACAAGCAGUGAGUAUUGCACAGCAGUUUGCUGCUAUUUGUUCAUUUUGGAGACAAAUCUGCGUUAAAGUUGAGUCUUGAAUUCACAAAGUUGGACUUUUUUUCCCCCACUAAGUGCAACUACAAAAAUUUUAACCCUGCAUUUUAUGUCUUUAAUUUCAAAGCGAAAUAUAAUUUAUCUAAAUCCAGCUGGACCAAAUAUUCAUUUAGUGGUGUACUGACAUCCUGAAUAAUUCCUGUAUCCAAACAAAUCCCUCACUUAACUACCAUUAUUUAGCCAGUGUCAUUAUGCCGGUCGGCUUGAACACAACCCGACUGUCGGAACAUCUGUUUAUUUUCAUAUUGAUACCACAAUGGUGUGAUAUUGGUGUCCCGGCAUGUGAUUUAGUGUCUGAAAUGUAAAGGCACAAUAGCUAAACACAAAGCUGGCUCUCUACAGAUAUUACAGGCCCUCGUGCCUGAAAUAAAACAGUAAAAAAAUAAUUAAAAAACAUAAACAUAAAACUCUGUAUGUGAUCGAGGUUUUGCUUGUGUAUAUUGUGUGAUCUGUUGUCCUUGUGUUUGUUUUCCAGUUAAUGGAGUGUUGCGUCAACGCGCUGGUAACAUCCUUCAAGGAGACCAUCCUAGCCGAGUGCCCGGGCAUGAUCAAACGAAAUGAGACAGAGAGUGAGUACGGCAGGACUGCUCCCACCAAAGGCUCAGCAAGCUCAGGUUUGCACCAGGAAAUAGCCCUGACCAAACCUUCUCAUGCAGCAUCUGAAGGUAGCUCAUUUUAUACUAGUUCUGUGAUGUAGCGUCCAAAUCAAAGUUUAGUGUCGUAUUCAACAGUUCAACGACUUUCUUCAUUGAGUUUCCGUGCAAAGCCAAAAUCUAGUGAUCGUUUUCUUUUGAUCUGUUUUGAUUGAAUUUCAUCUUUAAGUCCUAAACAAAAAUAUUAUCUGUGACACCACUUUUCAGACAGUUUCUGUUUGCAUGUUUUUUGCAUCUUUGAUGUUCACACAGGUUUCUGAUUUUCUUCAGCGGUUACACAAAACAUCAGACUUGCCCACACCUUUAGCUAUCUUCACUUUUUGAAGUAAAACUGUAGACUUCUGUGUCCUUCACAGAGCUGCACCUGAUGUUCUCUCUAAUGGACAAAGUGCCCAGUGGCAUUGAGCCCAUGCUGAAGGACCUAGAAGAGCACAUCAUGAGCGCCGGCCUGGCUGAUAUGGUGGCCUCGGCGGAGACGAUCACCUCUGUGAGUAUUAUACACACGUGUUUCUGAAAAGUAAGGGAUCAUGUGAAGUAAAUGUGAGGUUUUAGCAAAGCUGUCAUAGCUGCUAUUUAUGCCUCUUAGCUGUAACAUUCCUUUAAAGGUAUUGUUUGAUGUCGGACAGAUUGAUUAACUACAAAAUACCCAAACAACCUCUUUUACUUUUUCCAAGGUAGAGAUUUACACUGAGUGUUAAAUAAAGCAGGAUGAGAUUCUUCAGGACAAAAGAAAGAGACAAUACCACGUUGUCCACAGGGGUCGCCAAAAUCAACAUGAAUCAAAAAUUCCUUGCGGGAGCUUUAAAUUAGUUGUGAAGAGUUUCUGACCAAUCAGAUUCAAGCAUUCAACACAGUUUAAGAUGAGAUUUUUACCCUGUUCAAAGCAGCAAAGUGUUGAAAGAUGCAGUUUAUUUGUCAGUUGCUACAAGUUUUAACUGAAAUACUAUGAUGACAGACCCCCUCCCCCAAUACUGAUGCAUGAACUGAGCUGACAUUUUGAGACAUAAAAACGUAAAUUAUCCAACAUUUGUCAACAGUUGGUCCAUAUAUAUGAUGUUUUUGCAGAACUACAGCCUCACGGAUAAGUUAGCUCUUGUCAUAAGUUGUAAAACACUACAGGUGAAAACCAGCAAGCAGAGCUCGAGAAAGGGUUAUUUUUCAACCUGCCAUUUCCAAUAUGCAGAAUUAACUCUCUUCCCAUUGGCUGGUUACAUAAUCUGUUUUUUUUUUGCUGCAGGACUCAGAGAAAUAUGUCGAGCAGCUGCUCACCUUGUUUAACCGCUUCAGUCGGCUGGUGAAAGAGGCCUUUCAGGACGACCCACGCUUCCUGACUGCUAGAGACAAAGUGAGCGCCACUUUUCUGCUGUUUUCUUUUAAAACACUCUAGUACUGAAGGAUGAACCUUUUAACUGUUUAAACUCUUGUUUCUCUUUAACUCUUUGCAGGCUUAUAAAGCUGUUGUGAAUGAUGCCACUAUAUUUAAACUAGAACUUCCUUUGAAGCAGAAAGGGUGAGAGACGCUCUCUUGUUUGAAGUUAAGGGUUUUCACCUAAACAAUAAACAUAAAAACUUUUGACUGAACUCAUUUCCUGUCUGUGUUUACAGGGUAGGUUUAAAAACUCAACCUGAGUCCAAGUGUCCAGAGCUGCUGGCCAACUACUGUGAUAUGCUUUUGAGGAAGACCCCACUGAGCAAGAAGCUCACCUCUGAGGAAAUCGAGGCCAAGCUCAAAGAAGUGGUACAUUUCUGAUUCAUGUCUCUAGACCUGAUAGUUGCCUUGAAACAGGUGAUUGGUUUGUUAGACUUUAGUUAGUUAUCAUUAGAGACAAAAGUUCAUCAGUUAUUACAGACCUGUGUCAAAUCCUUAAAAAGUGUAUGUUGACUCUGUUAGAUUUGCAGUGGACCAAGAGUCACUUUUUAAAGUAGUUAAACUUUGACGCCAAUUUUUUAAUUAGUUGUAGGAUUAGCCAGAUGAGAUUUUAAUCCCAGGUAAUCCUUAUUUGCUUUGUGUUUGAGACCACCUGUCACUCAACAUUGUUUGUGUGAUUAAAAUACGAUCCCCUUUGAAAAGAAACCACCUUAGAGCUCGAGUCUUGGAUACACAGUCUGUGUGGGCGUCUCCAAGAGCAGCCGCUAUUUUGGUUCACAUCAUCGCAGCAGCCAGCAGGGUUAACUUUACUUUUUUAAAGUGGGCGACUGUAAUAAUCUGUUUGUUCUUUGUGUGCAGCUGUUAGUGCUGAAGUAUGUCCAGAACAAAGACGUGUUCAUGCGCUACCACAAAGCCCACCUGACGCGUCGGCUCAUCCUGGAUAUCUCGGCAGAUAGUGAGAUUGAGGAGAACAUGGUGGAGUGGCUCAGGGUAAGAGCUAAACGGACGGUUCAAGAAAAGUGAAGUCGAUCUUAAAUUUAAAAAAAGCAGUUUGUCAAAACCAUUAAAAAAAAAUCUGUUCACCUGUGGUGCCGUUUACCCCAACAGGAAGUAGGAAUGCCUGCAGACUAUGUCAACAAGCUGGCUCGGAUGUUUCAGGACAUCAAGGUAUCAGAGGACCUCAAUCAGUCUUUCAAAGAGAUGCAUAAACAUAACAAGCUGGCUUUACCAGGUAAGAAGUAGAGGUACAUCUCACUCACACCGAUGUAAUGACUCCAAUUUAUUAAUUAAAGCUCCUGUUUAGAGUUUUUGGAUGUUUAUGAAUUAUACCAAAACUACCAAAAAUUGAGGAAACGAUUUUCUCUCUAAAUGUCUACAAUAAACCACAUAUUUGAUGGUCAAAGACAAACUGAUGAGACACUGUUGAAGCUGAUUAAGGACAAGAUAAGACACAAACUGAAUGUCCCCACAAGUGCUCGAACUGAUAGAUUGAACCAUGUUUUUUCAUAAAGAGGUGCUUUUCAAUAUUUUACAAAUAAACAUGAAGUGAUAAUGUUUGUUUCUGAGUGAGUUAAAUGUGUGUUGGGAUAAUCCUUGAAUCCAGGUCAGGUUUAGGGUCCAAAUCAUGCAACCAGUUGACAUUUUCAACAGAGGAACAGGACUUUGUGGCACGGCAACAGCAGAGGAGGCUUCUGGAGUGCUUGGAGGCCUUUAAGAGGCUGUAGCUGAAUUAAAGGUUUUUUUAAGGCAGAGAUGGUUUUCAAAGCCAAAAUCCUGAGAUAUGUGAGGAAACUUUUGAUCUGUUAAAAUACUGAAAAGCUGCCAGAUGGAGAAAAUAAACCUGGGAAUAAGCAUAAAACUGUUUUUUUAAAGAACUAGUCUGACAUUUUUGUGUAUUAACAUCCCUCUAAUGAUAGAUAGAAAGAGAUAUAUAGCACUGAAAAGCCAUAAUGAUGCAACUUAUUAUGGGAUAGCAGUUAGAGAAACAACCCAAAAAGCUUACAGACAUAAGAGGAUAUGGCUCUUUUCUACAGGUGAAGUACUGACACAACUUUUGCUUUGUGUUUGGUUUAAGUUUUGUUGACCGAAAGAGUUCAUCAUGAGGUCAAUGAGUAUCUAUGUUUGUUUCUCCUGCAGCUGACUCGGUCAACAUAAAGAUCCUGAAUGCUGGAGCGUGGUCGAGGAGCAGUGAGAAGGUUUUCGUCUCUCUCCCCACAGAGCUGGAAGAUUUGAUACCAGAAGUAGAAGACUUCUAUAAGAAGAACCACAGUGGCAGGAAGCUCCACUGGCAUCAUCUCAUGUCAAAUGGCAUUGUGAGGGGAAACACAAAAAACACGGCACAAAACUUAGGGGGCCAUAAAAAAGUCAGAUUGUUGUGAUUUUCUGUACUGAUAUGUUUGUUUGAGAACGGCCAUUACUAUGUGGUUUCUGAACCAAAUGAUGUUUCUACAGAUCACUUUUAAGAACGAGGUGGGCCAGUACGACCUGGAGGUGACCACUUUCCAGUUGGCUGUGCUGUUCGCGUGGAACCAGAGACCCAGAGAGAGGAUCAGCUUUGAAAACCUGAAGUUAGCCACCGAGCUGCCCGACGCUGAGCUCAGACGCACACUCUGGGUCAGUGUAGAUAAAGCUGUGAUCAAUAAGUUCGCAUUUCAAAAACAAGCUUUGUCACACUAUAGUGCUGCUACUGUUGAGUCUACAUUUCAAGCUUCAUUUCAUGUGUUUUUGACUCUUUCUUCUCCAAGUCUCUAGUGGCAUUUCCGAAACUAAAGCGGCAGGUUUUGUCAUACGACCCAGUGGUGUCUUCACCCAAGGACUUUGCAGAAGGAACCCUAUUCUACGUAAACCAGGAGUUUUCUCUCAUGUAAGGGUGGUCAGAUAUUUCAGCACGCCCCUUCUGCUUGAUACCAGACCUAUUACUUGUGACUGUUUUGUGAUGAAACAAAAACAUCCCGACACAAACUUAAACUUUAAUCAGAGUUGUGGUUUUGAUAUUUAAAGUCAUGAAUACUUUACAUUGAUCCAGGAUUUGUUUUUCUUUUGAUCUAACUUUACAGAAAAAACUCCAAAGUACAAAAAAGAGGAAAGAUUAACCUGAUUGGUCGACUGCAGCUCACCACAGAAAGAAUGAGAGAGGAGGAGAACGAGGGCAUCGUCCAGCUCAGGAUACUAAGAACGCAGGUAUGGAGAUGUUUUCACAGCAUGCAGGUUAAGAUGUUCAGCUAUGUAACAGCUCCUGCUGUGAAUAAAUAGUCUUACCUUUCAUUUCCCAUCAUGGUGUUUCAGCAGAUGCCUGUGGUUCUGUUUGUAUAAACUCACAUGCUGCAACAUAACCCAUCAAUCCUUGUGGUUUUUCACACGGCUCUGUUUCUGUCCUCUGUUCAGGAGGCCAUAAUCCAGAUCAUGAAGAUGAGGAAGCGCAUAAAUAACGCCCAGCUCCAGACAGAGCUGGUGGAGAUCCUAAAGAACAUGUUUUUACCACAGAAGAAGAUGAUCAAGGAGCAGAUCGAGUGGCUGAUAGAUCACAAGUACAUAAAGCGAGAUGAGACCGAUAUAAACACCUUCAUCUACAUGGCAUAG